AAAUUUUAAUAUAUUUUAGAAGAUUGGUCUGGAGUUGUCCCAAUUGGCAAGUCAGAGAUUUUGGAUGGUCUGAUCCAUUGUUUAUGUUGAUUUCUACUGAGCCUCCAAAGUCAGAGAGAAGCUGGGGAAAGUGCAUGUGGCGUGGGGGCUCGUCCGGGACGGGACUGCAGAGGAGAGACUUGAGAAGAUGGAGAUAGAGUAAGGUAUGGAUGAGUGGUGCCUCACUCUCUGCUACCUGACAGCAGCAACAUGACUCCGCUAAUCACCCACUGCCACACUCGUGGUCCAGCAGUACUUUAUCGGCGCAGCAUCUAAAAUACCACACCAGCAACUGGACUCACCACUUCAGCAACAACAAGGUCAGCAGCUGUUGUCUGAGGAACAACUGUAAUCUCAUUAAAACAGACACUCUGGAUUUGUUUUUUUAUUUUUUCAUUUGUUUUUUUCCAACCAAAGAAAACUUUGCUGGGACUUUAUUUGGUGUGAACUCCACCCCUUUGACUCCCAGAUCCUGCCCCUUUCCCCUCUCUCUCUCUCUCUCUCUGACUCUCUCUUUAACUGUCUCCCUGUUUGCUGAUUGCCUUGGGAGACCCUGUAGCUCUCCCGCUGUCCGUGCUUCCCUCUGCCCGCUCCUGUCCGUUGCCUUUGGUGACCAGACAGGCUAGUGGCCUACUGACAGGUGAUCCUGGCACGACAAGAUGGCCGCCCUCGCCAGCUCGCUGAUCCGGCAGCGCAGGGAAGUGAAGGACCCCCAGGCCAACCGGCAAAUCGCCAGCAAGCGCAAGCCUUGCCCCAAGAGCAACAAGUCCCUCUGUCAGAAACAAAUCCUCAUCCUUAUCUCAAAAGUGCGACUAUGUGGCAGUCGAGGGAGGAAACUGGAGAAGAGACCGGAGCCUCAGCUAAAAGGCAUCGUUACACGCCUGUACUGCCGGCAUGGAUUCUACCUCCAGAUGUUACCAGAUGGCACCAUGGACGGCACAAAGGACGAAAACAGCUCCUUUUUGCUGUUCAACUUGAUUCCUGUGGGCCUGAGGAUAGUGGCCAUCCAGAGCACCAAGACAGGUCUCUACAUCGCCAUGAACAGCGAGGGCUAUCUCUACACUUCGGAACACUUCACUCCGGAGUGUAAGUUUAAAGAGUGUGUGUUUGAGAACUACUACGUGACGUACUCGUCCAUCCUGUACCGUCAGACGCAGUCAGGCAGAGCGUGGUACAUCGGCAUCAACCGCGAUGGACAGGUCAUGAAGGGCAACCGGGUCAAAAAGACAAAAGGAGCCGCCCACUUCCUGCCCAAGCUCAUCGAAGUGGCCAUGUACAGGGAGCCAUCGCUCCAUGACAUCGGUGAGCAGAGCCCACCACGGAAAACAGCCAAAACUUCAGACUCUCCGGUCCACAAAAACGACAAGAAGGACCGACCGCCGCCCAAACCCAGCGCCUCCUAGCGACCGGAGGAGCAGAGACUGGCACACAAAGGGCAUCGGGAACGGUCCUCGAAGAAAAACUGAUUGUAGUCCUACUACUGACCCUGAGAACUCCAUUUCCCUUGAUGCACCGGGGCUCAGUGAACCUGACGGUCCUGGUACCCACUGUACCUUCAGUCUCUUCCAGUUACAGUCUUCCUGUUUGAACCUGGGAAUUUUUAUGAGCAAUAAGAACGCUGGGCCGCCGGGGUGCGUCUCACAGGAGAAACAAGUCACAUCGGAAAAGAAAGAAGAGGAAAAAAGAAAGAUUGUUCAAAUUUAUUGCUUUAAUUUUAUUAUUUUACGUUUCACCUGAAACAAGUCUACAAGUUCUACAUAUCAUAUCUCCUGUCUCUGAGGGACUUCUCCCCGAGCGACGUUAAAAACCCGUGGCCCCGGCUCAAGCCGAACAUGACAUUGAAAGGUCCUGGAUCUUGGCAAAUCUUGCCGAUCACAUUGUUUUGGAAGCAUCUGCUGGUGCUAAUCCUGUGUGAUAGCUCAGCAACCUCCACAAUCCCCUCCUCCAUCUCUAAGCCCAGCGUAAUCUCCUCUUCUUCACCUUCUCCGCUGUUUGAUUAGUUUGUGACACAGAGUCAAUUUUCCACUCCACAGCACAGGAAAAGCCCAGCAUGCUCUCCAGAGGACCAUUACAGCAUACACACACUAGCAUACACACUCACGCACACACAUGCAUACACACCCACACGUAUACCGCCAGACAACGAAGCAAAUUUGGAAGUAAUGCACGCUCCCCUUUCUGUAUGAUAACUGUAAGUUAUACACCCUGAGGAGGUAGAAGUCUUUCUCUAUUUCUGUUCAUACACAAUAGCCCCCAAAACCCAUGAGUGUGUGUGUGUGUGUGUGUGUGUGUGAGGUGACUCAUAACUGCAGGAAUUGAGGUAUAUUAUCGCUUUCUUUUGAUUAGUUUUCCACUGCACAUUAUUCCCCGGGAGCAGUAUUUUUUGCCUCUGCUGUUUUCCUUUCCUCCUCUGUUUGGUUUCAUUGUGUUUCAGUGCUGGAGUUUUCCUUUUUUUUCUUUUAAGGUAUAAUUCGCUAACCAAUGAUCUUGCAACUUUCUUCAAGUUCACAGCCUCAUAUUCAAUUUUGUUUUAUCACAUUUGGCCAAAAGCAAAGGCAAAUAUUCCCAGCAAAAAGGAGCCACGAAAAAAUACAAUUUUCUCCCUUUUAUUUUCCUUAUAUUACAGCACACAUGCCACGCGCAGUACUAUAGAUUUAUUAGAAAUGACUUCCCUGAGAUUCCCUGCUCUAGGAAACUCUUUCCAUAUUCCAUUUUUUUCUGCUCACUUCUGACAGUGGUUUCUCUACAGGAUUUCUCAAAUAAUUUUGAACAAACUGGAUAUCAGACCUUAGAAUAAGCAUACUGAACAAAACCAGCCCUCGCUCAAUCAAAAACGUCGAUCCUAAUUAAGCUCCAGCUGCUCAUCUCUCAUUGAUCUCUGAGAAAUCUGAUAGCCUCUUCCUGGAACAGCUAAAAUAACAGUGUGUUCCCCCGGCUAGCAGAGUACAUUAUAGGAACAAUGUGCAAUGUUCUAGGAGGGUUAGUCUGUAAUGUUACAGAAAUAAUGUUCCAGCAUCAUUUGCAUAAUUAUGUUUCAGAGCAUGGUGGAAACAUCUAAAGUAACUUUUUCCAAACCAAAUAAAUAGAUAAUACAUGAAAUACAAUACAUGAAAAAACAGAUAAAAUUAAUACAUAAUCACACUGAUAUCACACUGAUAUCAAACUUAACAAUUGGAGCAUUUAUUUUAACAUAUAAUAGAAUAUUUUCUGUAUUUACACUGAUAUACAAUUAAAACAACAUGUACAAAAACCAAAAAGCCCUUAUUUAAUUGUGAGAAUACAAAGAAAAACUCAAUUAAUGUCCAGAAAUAUUGACCAAACCUAUAUUUGUUUAGAACAUCACUUCUAUCCAAUUGCUAUAAAGGCUCAUUUAUGUUCAACGCUAAAUACAAAUACAAAUACAGAUACAAAUACUCUAAAGUGUAUUCUUAACAUCCAUACCAGCCUAAAGAACACAUAAAUGUAAUGUAUGUGGGCAGUAAUGGUUACAUUGUUUGAAACAUAUUGCUUUUUGUACAUAAAGGAAGUAUAUAUAUAUAUAUAUA